GGUCAAGGCAAUAUUUGCAUUAAAAAAAGGACGUCCAAGCCAUCAGCGCUAGAUCGCGUCGUCUUUCGUUGUCUUCAGGUAAAAAACCAAGGAAGUCAUCAUGUCGGGCGAAAAAGAGGGCGAAAUGCAGAGUUCUAAGCCGAAAAAAUCUUACGAAUUCGACGACCUUUUAGCCAUGGUUGGCGGCUUCGGUCGAUAUACCUUUCUUCUUUAUGCAUUCAUGUGUGUAAUGUCUCUUCCCAUCGGACUACAGCAACUGGUCCAAGUGUUUUACGGUGCCACUCCAAAGUAUUCCUGCGUUGCUUUUUCGACCGCACAGGGAAACAACACUUGUACCGUUCUAAAAGGUGGGACCUGCUGUGAAAAAUGCACCGACUACAACUUCAGUAAUCGUCUGACUAGUGCAGUCACUGAGGUAAGGGAUACUUCUUAAUUGACUUAAGAUCCCUUAGAUUCACCUGUUCCGAACAAUAGGCUGAAUAAGAAACGUGAAUAUUAAAGUAAUUGCUUCUCUGAACAUUUUACAUCGUCACCUAAAAAUUAUUGGCGAAUCUUAUACAAACUACUGAGUUACUUAGAUAAGCUGGAGUAUUUCUUGUAAUCAGUUUAAGCUGAAAAGACAACCGAUAAACAAAGGCUGUCCUGACAUCACUUCAUCUGUCAUAUUAAUGACCCGUACCCACUGACAAUAGCAUGAAUUACUCAACCAACAAGCUGAUAGACAAUGGUUUUUCUCCGCCUGCUAGCAGGGAAUUCCCUGAAGGUCUCCUGUAUACUUCUAGUUCAUCGCUCUAAACAUAGUUACUUUGUUUAAGAGAUAAUCUCGAUCAGGGCUACUAUCGCUCAAAGGAACUUGCGAAAAAAAUGAAAGUUACCCUUCAGCGUCUAUCUUAUUUGCUAGAUCUGAAUCAUGAUUUUUGAAGAAAAUUCUUCCUUUCGUACCCAUUUUAAACUCGUCAGUAUAAUUUUUGCGCUAACAGUAAACGUUUCAGAGCAUAUAUGAUCUGAGAUAAUCAUCAGCCGAUUACAAAGUCCACUUACCGCACCGAAGUUCCCGUACUUCUAAAGGAAGCUGUAGAAGGAUGAACUGAAGCUAUCUAUCAUACAGUGGUCAUAUGGUAUAAGAAAACUAAUCAAACUUCACCUCUGAUUUUCUUUUAAAAUCGUGAAUUAUACCUUCAGAUAAACCUUCUCAUAAAAGCCGCCAAGUAUACGAGUCGAAUUAUCGAGGCUGAGCUGAAAUCAAAUUACCGGAAAUUGGAAAAAUAUUCUUUUAUUAAUACUUUCAUAAUUUUCUUGCAGUUCUAUUUACACUUCGCGCUGCAUGUCCCGACGGAAACAGCAAAAUGACACCGCAAAACUUUCGUUUUCCUUGUUUGGUUAUAUAUACAUGUACAUAACUCGUCGACACACCGAAAGCCGAACAUAGAGUUUACUUACUCUUUAAUGAAUAACGACUAUUUCUUUUGCAGUACAGUGGUUCUAUUCCCUGUAUACUUCCCUAUACUUUUACCAAAGUAAUGCAUCGUAAUACACAUCAUAAUCAUAUUUUGUCAGUGCAAUAUUGAGCUUUGUGGGGUAUACAAUACAAAAGGCGACAAAAUUAGUCAAGACACUUAAACCGCAAGGACAUUUCUGAAGUUUUGCCGACACAAUCUACUUCAAAUUAAAACGGACAAAUAAAGCUUUACCUCACCGCGAGGACAUUUCUGACGUUUUGCCGACACAAUCUACGUCAAAAGGGACAAAUAAAGCUUUACCUCACCCACCCCCUCUAAACAAUGUUGUUCUUCUGCUGCUCAAGUAGGAAACGACAAACAACCUAAUUUUGAACGGAGGGGUAAUAGAAGGGGUACAAUUUUGUCAACGACUGUAGCUCUAGCAGAGAAGCUAAGAAAAGUGUUCACUAGGCGAUGAUAUGAGUUGUCAGUAAGCGAAGAAUCCUGAUCCUAAAGAGAGCAGCACGAAUGUUGUUACAAAUCAUUGUAUAAAUUAGGCUCCGGAUAUAUAGGCUUAUACCCAGCUUAUAUGCAUUAGGUAACUUAUAUUGGAUUUCACUUGACUUCGAAAAUAUAUUCAGAACCGGGGAUGCAAGUUCAAGCCACUACGUUGCUUUGAAUAUGGUUUAAUUUAUCAAGGGUUACUGAAAAGAAAAAGAACUCAAGAAAAUUAAGGGCUCGUUCUCCGUUUUUUUAGAAGCAAAUUAUUUUUAAUCAAGUGAGUGCCCUGUUAUUAGUCAGAGUAGAUAUUGAGAUCUGAUAAUGGUCGCUGAAUAAAAAUACCCAGAUUGUCUUCCAAAAUCGUCAUCCAGUACUUACAAUAUGCAACAAGUUACGUGGGCUUUGUUCACUAGCUCUUGAGAUGGAGCGCGAAACCAUUAAGCGCAACCACGAGCCAAAAUUGGGGAUAGGGACUGCAAUAUCUAAUAUUUGUACUUUUUGUAUGGUUGCUUGAAGCUAUGUACAGGUACAUGUAUCUCUGAUUAUUGUUUUUGAGUGCAAUAUUGUUCUGUCUGUUCAGACAAUAUCAUGCACAGAAUAUUUAGCAGUUUAUUUUUACCUUGGUAACAAAAGCUUUCGAGGACAAACGCUUAUGCGUAGACUAUUCAGUCUCCUAUUUUUCCGUAGUGUCGUCGGGAUCGAGCGUUUCACAUUGAAACCAAGAUUCCUGCCCCUAAGGGUGGAUGCCCCAAGAGGUGUACUGCGGAUUUCAAGUGACGGGGGAUGAUCGAAAGGGGCAAAAAUCAAAACCCCAAAAAAUCCCUAGGGCUUCCAACAAAACCUCAGAAAAUCCCACCCUGGGCUAGGUACUCGAUCCCGACGUUCUUAAAUGGAAAAAUAGGGGACUGUGAACAGUCUGCCUAGGUAAAAUGCGACAAAGGAUGGAUCGUAGGCAGCCUUUUUUCCUCCGGCUAAGUUGACUAAGAAAUGGAUCAAAGAAGGAAGACACAAAAAUGUUGAAUCGAAGAGCGAAGCUUAAGACCUUGAUGAUUAUGCCUCAAACUUUCUUUUUUUGCCGUGUUCAACUUUGUGAUUUUCGUUCGCAGUGGGACCUAGUAUGCGAUAGAAAGCACCUAAAAGCUAUGACCCAGUCCGUUUACAUGGGAGGACUAUUGGUUGGUUCAGUCGCCUUCAGUACACUGUCUGAUCAUUUUGGUCGCAAGGUCGCAGUUUUCCUCAGUAUCUUAAUCAUGGUGAGUAUUGCACGAAUCGUUUUUGAAAUGAGAUUGUUUGAAUUGCGUUCCGUGAAUACCUGGAACCAAUGCCAGCAAACAGUUGACGCUCAUUUUGUUUGACGUCAGAAUUUGGUGAACAAAGUUUAAGGCCAUGAGAGUUGUGUGGAGGGAAUCAAAAUUUCCAUCCUUACGACGAAAUAAAGUUAAUAUUGGAUGAAGUCUAAACAUUGUUUGUCCACAAUACAAAGUGACACAAAAAAUACAUGCGUAAUUUCGUGUUGACAAGCUCCUUCACUUGUCGGCUAAUUACAAACAUAUUCACAUCAACCAAUAUUCUGUAUUAGCAAAAUCCAACUAGUGGUCUAUUAUCAAUGAUGCAUUCUGAUUAGUUGAGCUACUACUAGGCUAUAUGUUAUAGCCCCCUAGUAGCGAAAAGCGCGGGCUUUUUGGCGACAAAAAAGGACCAAAGUCUAGCUUUAACUAGCUACAUUCUUUUUAUUCUCGAUAUUUUUGACCAACUAGUUGGAUUUUACUAAAACAAUUAUUCCUCUCACCCUCGUCGCCUCUGAGUCAAUAGCCCAUUCGGCCUUCGGCCUCUUGGGCUAUUGACUCAGAGUCUAUUCGGGCUCGAGGAUUAAUUGUUAAACAUACGUACACCAACUUUGGCCAGUUAGCAGGGGAAACAUAUUCAACGAAAUGAAAAAAAAAAAAAGUACCAAGCAGGAGCACCCAACGAGAUUAUAGUUCCAAAACCACUUAUACAUAGCAUUGUUGAACGAAUUUUAGUACUUAAACAGUAGAUAUAGGCAUAUUCAGUAUCCCCUAAAAAUUUUUCAUCUGUUCGGAUUUCCUAGCUUAAAGUCUAGUGAUCCGAAAAUUAUAGGGAUCAAAACUUACUUUUUCGAAAAUUUCAUGACCUUUUUAGGAUAAAAAUCCGUUAAAAAUGGGCAAUUAUGCCAUUUUUUAGAUGUUCGAAAAUCUUAGGAGAGGCAGGCAAGCAAGAAAUUUUACAACAAAUGUUCCGAAAAUUCUAGAUCUCAAAUCGUCUUCAGAACAGAUAUUUGCUCCUGAACAAGCACGAGGUGAGCUAAAAAAGGAUUGAAUAAAUUGGAUCACUACAUGUAUAUAACUCCAAGUUUUCAAUUGGCCUUGACUCGACUUGACGGCCACUUAAUAUGUCAUUAUAUCACGCCUGGCCGCGAAAAAGUAUCCAUUAAUAAACUGUCAUCCAUUUGUUUUAACAAAGUGAAAUUAAGAAAAAAAUUAUCAAUGGUCGUGCUCGGAAAAGUUCAGCGGUUAUUGCGUUUGCAGUUCUUAGAUGUGAGAUGGUUUUAGGUCGGCAAAUGAUAUCACGGCGCACGCGUAAAACGGAUUGCUUAUUUUCCGAGGUUUGCAUGAAUAAUUGCUACCCACAGACAUAUAGUACAGUCAACACUUGCUAAGAAGUAGACCGGCACUAUACAUAUGUGUCCGUCUUAGAGAGAUGUCCGUCUUAUAGAGAGUCAACUAAAAGGAGGAAAAGAAAUCAUUGUAUGGCAGCCUACUCCUAUUGUUUCUGCAUUGUCUCUUGAAAAUGUGAGAAUUGUUAUUUGCUGUAAAGUUCAUAAGAGACCGAAAACGGCGGUAGCCUUUAAAACUUCAAUUUUGCUCGCAGAGCCUAAGGGUACCCCACUUUUCACAGGCGACGUUUUUCAAUAGGCGCGUUUCUGCAAUGUGCAUGGACCAACUCUAGGUGUCUGUUUUAAAGAGAUGUCCGUCUUAGAGAGAGUCAAAGAAUAUGACUGAAGAACGACAGGGACCAACUCAAGGUGUCCGUUUUAGGGAGGUGUCCAUCUUAAAGAGGUGUGCGCUAAGAGGGCGUUGACUGUAUUACGUAUAUUUUCUAUACUACAGGGUGUAGGUGGCACAGUUUCCGGCGUCGCCGACUGUCUUUCAUUGUUCUCACUGUUUCGUUUCGUUACUGGAGCUGCUACAGCCGGCUGCCUUCUCGUUCGAUUCGUCUACUGCAUGGAGAUCAUACAAAUUGACCAUCGUACUGCCGCAGGGAUUGUAAACAACAUUUUUGUCAGCAUAGGCUUUUCUAUGCUGUCGUUCCUCGCUUACCUUAUUCGUGACUGGAGGUAUCUUAUGCUGACUGUGUCUCUACCAGGACUUCCACUGCUUCUCUGUUGGUGGUAAGGAUUUUUUGCUCAUUGCACCCUUACUAUGCAUGCUCACCAGAAACCCCGGCCAGAAGUAUAUAACUGAAUAAGUACUCUCAUUUUAGUCCUAAGGUGUCCUUGGGCUUCGAUAAGUUACUACUAGAGUUAAAGCAGCCUCGUUUUGAGAGACGCGCAUCAACCGGAAGUUGACUUUUUGUACUCUUGAGCAACGAUUUUGAACCAAUUUUUGGACAAAUCGUCUCUGUAAGAGUAAAGACACUUAGCAAUACAGAUCUAGUAGCGUCAUGGCAUUUGAAAAGAUAAAAGGGCUCACUUCCGGUUGACAAGCGUCGCUCAAAAACGUCGCUGCUUAAACUCCCUAUUUGCCAUUUUAAAAAACAAUUUACCACUUUAGAAACUGGGCCGGGUUUACAAACGCAAAGACCUCUGGAACUGUUACCAGGGACAGGAAAAAAUUGACCAAUAGCUGACUGGCGCGUCCUCAGUAACGAUCCCGGAAACAAUUGCGUGACGUAUUUCGGCUCCAGUGCCCUUCUCGCCUUUAAAGUGGCGAAUUAAAAGCGUAAGGAAAGUAUCAAGGGUUGCAUGUGGGGAAUACUGGGAAGGACGACGUGUAUUAGAGUUUUCUCAAAAACUUAACUUCGUUAAAUAAAUAAACGCCAGAGAUUAAAGGCUCAAAUUAACCUGGCCUGUAUCCUUUUGACCUUAUAUGGUUGUAAGCGGGCGGGGAAGAUCAAUAAAACCUUGCGCUGUUGUAUAUAUAUAAAAAAAUGAUUUAAAACAAAAAGCUAUUUCCUGCAUUUUUAUACAAGGAUGUCGGAAACAAAGCAACUAAAACCCAACAACUUGGCUUCCUUUCCGACCGGUACUCGAAAAUAAAGCAGUAUCUGAUGGAGUCGUAUGUGUUCCAUGGCCUGCACAAAAUAAGUUCCCCAUUUACCUUUAUCGGGAAGGUUUGGGAAUAAUGUUUACCUUGGCCAUUUUCAAAAACCAUUCUAAGAUUGCACUUGGUAACCAAAUAUCUUUUGUUCUGUUCGUUUAUUUCAAAGGAUUAUUCCAGAGUCCCCUCGCUGGUUGAUCGCCAAGAAUCGUCUGGACGAAGCUCAUGAGCUGCUAAUGAAGUACGCCAAGAAAAAUCGAGUUGAUAUCGACUCAGCACAACUCAAACACGCCAUACAAGAGUUUAAGAAGGAAGAAGAAAAGAAUGGCAAUCAGAUUAAGAAAACCUAUGGUAUUCUAGACAUGUUCAGAACACCGAAGCUUAGGAAAAGAACUUUGAUUUGUGGAUUUAACUGGUGAGUCUGUACAUAUAGAUCAAUCUUCACAUGUGACUACUUUCGUGCUUUCGGCAGCGGCCAACUCAGUAAGUCGAAUGACUUCUCAAAUGGACAAAAUUAAUGUGGAAACGUUUCUCGUUCUCUGUUGCAAUCAAUGCUUUCUUCUUGUAAUCUGAGCGCACUUUAACACUUGACCAAUAUAAUUACAAAUUUUUGGAUCCUUUCUUUCCUUUUAUUCUCUACACUGAGUUUCUGGUUCUCGUGCCUGUACCUCUAUGUAUACGCAGUUAUUUGUUUCAUUACAUCCUCUCAAGGUGCAAUGAACCAGUCGCCCUUCUAAAAGCAAAUCUAACGCAAUAAGCUUACCGUAAUAAUUCAAUCGUUCGAUUAAGCUCCACUAUUAGGUAAGCACCCUCAUUCCAAUAAGCGCCCCUAUACAAGUAACAGCCCUUACUACAUUAAGAGCCCCUAUUCUUUUUCAGUGAUAGCACUGUUUGAGUAUAUUUACAUUGAGAUCAAGUCGUACAUCAAGGCAUAAGCAAAUCUCGUAACAAUGAUCCCUAUGAUUGACGGAAUUACGAAUCGGACGAAGAAGAUAUUGACCUGAAGGCUUUGUUAUUGUUCAAAGCAACACUGAAGCUAUCGACGUUGAACAGACUAGUGACUUUCAAAAUUCCUCACCAUUAUUUAUUGAAUAAGCGCCCCCCCUUGAAGUACCAUCAGUAAAGAAGCUCCCCGGGUGCUAAAUCGAAGCAUUAAGGUAAUUCCCUGUUACCUCCUUCUUACAGGUUCGUGAACGCCUUGGUGUAUUUUGGAAUAAACUUGAACGUGGGCAACUUGGCAGGAGACAUGUACCUCAAUUUCUUUAUCUUGUGCAUCGUUGAAAUUCCCGGAGCAUUGUUACUCUGGUUUUUAAUGUCAAGGUAGUGUUUGUGAUAAUGUAACCCAAAAUUCUACAAAGCAAAAACAAUCAAAAUUCGCCAACAAAAUCCCUCACGGCAACAAUAGAAAGUGUUCAUGUCAGUGACUAAACAUCUUAUUGAGGAAGGAAAAUCGACAAUUAAAGUAAACUUAUGACUUGAAACUUUUAAAAGUAAUAAGGGAUUUUGGUGCUUUGCUUAAAUGUGCUUUGCUCCUAUUGUCCGUAACUGCGUUAGCUCAAUAUAGUUUAUCAGUCUCACUAAAAACCGCCCAAACCAAUAGGUUUUUGGAGCAAUUGAUACCCACGAUCCAGUGGCGAAUUCAGAUCUCGAAGUAAGUGGGGGCCCCGCUCAUUCAGUGCCUAAGAUAAAAAGGGGGGCUGGCCUCGAAAAUAUUUUUUCAUGUCCUUGCGGGCCUUGGAUUUGCCUUAUAAUACGGUGGGAGCCCGGGGGCCCCCCUAGAUCCACCACUGCUAUUCCCUUGCUAGUGUCCAUUUACAGAAACAUGUGACUGUUUUGUAACCGUAGAGAGCCGUUUUACAAAGAGAAUUGAGAAAACGGUUUGAUGCAUUUAUCCCUUUGCACCAGUCACGUACAUUUUUCCAGGGUCUGUGUGUUCUACUGUUUGCGCAUGUUUCAUAUGUUUAGUACCACUUAACUUCCCCCUAUUUUUUUCACUAAGCAGGCUUUCUCGUGUUUUUAGAAUACAUUUAAUGCCAUUUCUCCGAGAUUUAAAGAUUUGCAGCUAUUUCUUUGAUUGUUCGUGAAUGACCAGCUCAAUGACACCAGUUUGCUUCUUUGCAGAUAUGGUCGUCGUAUUCCAUACGCUGCCUUCAUGAUCUUUGGAGGAGUGGCAGGAAUGCUAGUACUAGCCGUUCCAUCCGAUGAAGGUAAAGAAACGUUCACGUACUUUGGACGAGCAGUUCUAACCGACUUAAUGUAUUAAGAAUUUCGAAUUCAAUCUGCAGCGACAGCGAGAAACCGAAUUUUUUUGUCAGUAAAUCACAACCAAAAAAUUUUUGUCUCUUUUUAUAUCCAAGUUCAGUGUUCUGUAUCACAAAAACAAAAACUCUACUAUCUCAUUAACGUUUGAAAAUCAUGCAUUAAAUGCCAAUAACACACGAAAAUCAACCAUUCAGCUUCCAGAAUUUCACACAGAGCAAAACGUUGGAAUAGCAGUGCUAAUUUAACUUGUCUCGUUUAUUGUACCUAAGGAAUGCGGUUUAUUGUUACCAUACUGGCUGUUAUUGGAAAGGCCUGUAUCUUGGCAACUUUCCUGGGGAUUUAUGUCUUCACUGUGGAACUCUAUCCUACCAUCAUCAGGUAAGUAAGCCACAACGCACCUCAUUGUCUGUAUUCAAGGAUAGGCGCUCUUUAGUUCGGAAUACAGAGAAGCAUGAUAAUGCUUAGUGUCCCUGACUUCUAAAUAUGUAAGAGUGAUAAUUAAAGAUAGAACUAAUAAAAGACGUUCAAAUCCACAUAAAGCCGUUUCAUAAAAUUGUUGAAGAUAUCAUAAAAUUUAAAUUAAAAUGGAUCGGUCCUACAUUUACCCCUCCAUUUUGCAUUGCAUGGAAUGAAAGAUAAACAGUAAAAGAGAGGCGAGUAAGAACCAAGUUUUUAAGAAUCUGCGAGGCUAAGAAUCACUAGGGGAAUAUUAGUAUGAAUACGCACGAAUCUUAGUAAGAAACACUAGGGAAUAUUAGUAAGAGUAAAAAACAAUCUUAGUAAGAAUCACUACGGGAAUCUUAGUAAGAAUAGGUAAGAAUCUCAAUAAGAAUCACUAGGGAAAUCUUGGUAAGAAUGAGAAAGAAUCUUUUAGCAAGAAUGACUAUCGCAAUACUGGCAAUCUUAUUAAGAAUAGGUAAGAAUCUUAGUAAGAAUCACUACGGGAAUCUUUAACAAUAAGUAAGAUUCUUAGUAAGGAUAACUACAGGAAUCUUGGUGAGAAUCUUAGAACGAAACACCUCGGGAAUCGUAGUAAGAAUAUGUAAGAUUCUUAGUAAGAAUCACUACGGGAAUCACAGUAAGAAUAGCCGUUAAGAAUCUCAGAGCGUUAAUCUUCCAGUGAGUAAAUCUUCGAAAUCUCACGCUACCCUCCAGACUGUUAUUCCCUUAAGUCAAUAUCAUCAUUGUUCUUUGUUUGUAGGAAUACUGGCAUUGGCGUGUGUUCUAUGAUGGCUCGUUUUGGCAGCAUAAUAACACCAUUCAUCGUGUUACUGGUUUGUACCAUUAUUGCAUCAAAAACCGCGCAACUCUAUUGCCUUGCCUCAUUCUCAAAUAAGCGCCCUCUCAAGCACUCACAAACUAACUUACUAGCAAAUAUGAAAUCGCCUCUUUUUUCUUUCGCUUUAGUAAUCGUUAUUAUAUAUAGCAAGACAAGCUUCUUUCUUUUCGGAUCUAUGAUUGUUUACACGUUAACUAAAAUAACUAAACCAGCACUGGCCAGCAUGGAUACAAGUUACAGAUUUCUCAUUCUUGAUUUGCGUGCUAUUUUUGUGCGCAUUGUCUGCCAACAUAAAGUUUUUAAUAGUUCGCCCGUCCUCCAUUCGUCCGAAACUUCAAAUAAGCCUCUGGCCCAGAGGAUUUCAUGAGGAAAUACAGUGAAGUUUUACUUUUGUUUCUUUUUAAGGCUGACCUUCCACUCUUGAGCAGAACACUACCGCUGGUGAUUUUUGGAAUUUUUGGGAUUCUCGCAGGCAUUUUGGCUCUCUGGCUCCCAGAGACACUUUACAGUCCCAUGGCCCAGACCGUCGAGCAAGCGGAGGAGUGGGACGAGGACUACAAGAUUUAUUGUUGCAGACGACACAUCCCCGCAAAGGAACAAAAGAACAUUGAAAUGUCAGUUAAAGAGAAUGAAGCAAUUGCAAACGACUGUGAACAUGCUACAGUAUGAAUUACAUCUCCCAAAAAGACAUGUAACAGCUUUGUUUAAACGAAAAACCAAUGUUUUUUUGUAUUCCGCAGUGGGUUUUGUUCUUCAAGAGCACGGAUAUUAAGUAGGAUCGUGCUCUACACAAGAGCAGUUAUUCAGUUGAGUGAUCUUUCAAGUAGCGAUAAUGUUACCUCCAGCUUUGUAAAUCUUUUCACAGAAGCCUAAAGGACGGUACACACUAGGCGACAAGUUGCAGCAACUAAACAGAUCAAUCCGUGUGUACAGGUUUGGCGACUAGUUGCAGCAACAUGUUGUGGCGACACAUCGCAGCGGCAAAUCCCUUCGUAUGUAUUGGAGAAGUUUUCUGAAAAUCUUUGUCUCUGCAAAAAAUUUUGUCGCCGCAACAAGUCGCCCAAAUUCUGUCUGAUUUGAUUUUUUGCAACAUGUUGCUCCCACAAAAUUCUGUUGCAAAGACAAAGAUUUUCACAAAAAUUCUCCAGUACACACGAAGACAUUUGUCACUGCGACGUGUCGUCGCGACAUCUUCCUGAACUUGUCGCCUAGCGUGUAGCGACCUUAAGAGCUAAGCCGGCAAACUUGAUCUUGUGUUAACGUGUACUGCCAGCAGAAUAACACACCCGGGAGGGUACUCAUCAGAGUUUUAGACGAGGAGGCUCUGCCCCAAAUUCCAAUCCCUUACCCUUUUAUAUACCAUUUUUGACAGAAAAGGUACUCUUUUUGUAUACCUCCUAUUAAAAAAUUAUUGUUGUUAUUAUUAUCAUUAUAAUCAUUAAUAAUCAUAAAUGGUACUCCUUUCACAGACAGGUGAAACCCCUUACCAUUCAUAUACCUGAAGCCUGAAAAAGGUACCCCUUUGGGGCGGAGCCUUCCCGGUCGUAUAGGCCAUUAUAGGAAGUACUCGCCCCGGGUCCCACAUUAUGAACUGUGUCUUUGCCCCUUAUUACUGCUAAUAGAAUUCUUAACAAACCCUUGAUUAAUAAAAAGUGUUUAAAUUUAGAUUAUAUUAAUAAGGUUAGUGAUAAUAAUAACAAUAAGUUAAAAAUUUAUAACGCGCAAUUAUCUAUAUGAAUAUUUUUAAAUGGGCGAAAAUACAUAAUUAAACUUCAGAGAAUUAACCAACAUAAUUAACUUUAGAAAAUUGUGUAAAUGAAAUAUACAUUAAUUACAAAAGCGCGUAAAUAAGGUUGAAGUGGUAUAUGUAUAUAUGCAUUAAUAGCAUUAAAAGUAAAGUAUGUAUUUAAGAUCCUAAUUGUAAGUUAAAUUGAAAAAAUAAGUCUUAAAGUUUCGAUUUGUAUUGUUCUGUUGUUGGUUUUCACAUGAUGUCACUUAAAUUCAAACUAAAAAAACUAUCGAUCCUACCGAGAUACUUUCACGAUGCAUUAGAGCAGCUUCCAUGGCACGCAUACUGCGUGGCAUGGAAGAACGGUUUGCUGAUCCUAUGCAUCCUGUGUUAAAAAAAGAACCAAUGGAACCUGUUGAUGCUUACGAAAACAGAAGAGAGAGUCAAACUCUUCAAGAACUAGUUGAAGAUAGAAAGUAACAAAAGUCACCUUAUGUUGGAAAGUCCUGUGAUUACUGAAAGAAUCCUUGGAAAAUACAAUCCUCAAAUUCUGAGGGGUGUAAGAUGUGCUGCUCCUUACUAUGAAAACAUUAAACUUUCCACAUGCAGUGGACUGCA